AUGCCUGCUGCACGCCAACAGAAGUCCUACGCAACGCGCAUUCCAACCUUCAGCUCUCCUCGCCGCGAUACGGCUUCGAAUAUAUCGGAACUGACCGAUGUCGAGAGCUCCGGCACUCCACUCACCGUAUCAGAUGUCUCUUCUCCCCUCGCAGAUCUCUUCGACGCGCUAUCUUCCCAAUCGUCCAUCGUCACCUCCCCACCUACCUCAGUCGCAUCCAGCGCUGCCUCUUCAAGUCCCAGUCCCUCUUCCCCUAAAGCAGCCUUGCCCCUGCUACUCGCAGCCUUGCCAGAUCCCCCGUACCCGCCGUCCAAGCCGGAGAACAACACCUAUUUCCACUUCAUGAACGUCAUCAUGCGGCAGCAGCGCCCCAUCCCCGAAUCCAUCACAGACGAGUCUUCCUGCGUGCGGAUCUACGCUCAGGUCUGGCGCGACCUGUCCGAGGACCAGAAGGCCCUCUACAACGAACACUGGGCCAGAUACAAGGCCGAGCACAAGGCGUGGAGGAGGGCUCUCGGAGAUAUUGUUUCCGAGGCCGACGGGUCUGCUAACCGGCGCGCGUCCCGCAGGCGAAGCGGUAGAUCCAAGCCGCACCAGCCCCUCUCACCCCGCGAGCAGCUCAUCGCGCGGCUCAUCUUGCUGGGACUUUCCGCACCUCAGAUUGAAAAUGCGGUACGAAACAGCGGGACGGACACGUUCAGCGCGCAGAUGCAGAUCCUGGUCCCUUCGCCUGACGGACUAUCGUCGCUGUGCGUCGAGGAACUCGGCGGCGACACCUUCGGACCCGCUCCUCCAGCUAACAGGCCUGAAUGCAAAGGCAAAGCGCGCGCUAGGCGUGUGCGUCUUCAUAGUAGCGUUCCACAAAUCGACUUCCUUUCCCCCGGCGCUGAGCGUCUGGAUAGCUCUCUGGCUCCGUCCACCGGGUUCGCUGAGCCGGGGCGCACGCUACAGUGGAUACAGCAGCAGCAUCAAUAUGACAAUGUCGUGCCCGCGAUUCAUGUGUCCGUGGCCAUGCAGGCCCCAGCGCCUAUGGACGUAUCGCCCGUCGUUCCAUCCUUCGGAUCGACCAACCAAACCGACCUCCAGAGCUUCGCGGCGAACCCGUAUCUCAUCGCUCCGUUGGACGCUUUCUACCUCGCCCCGCCUUCGUCCUUCGCUUUCGGACACGCAUCGCCCGACCAGGACGGAUUCAGUACGGCCGCACAUCAGGCAACCUUUGCGCCGUAUUCCGCGUACGAGCGCGACGUCUCCUCUCUAUCUUCCGCGAUUCCGGUUCCUCGUGCCCCUAGGCUCGCGCCCGCGCUCCUCCCGCCGCUCCCGCACGUCCAGGUCCACACCUCGCUUCCCGGCCCGGAGAUGCCGGGGCCCUUCGAAGAACCAAUCGCGGGCGAUGCGCCUGCCCUGGGUCUCGACCUCGACCUGGGCGUUGUCUUCCCAAUGACGGCCGAGGCUCCUCCGCCUCCUCCUCCUACUUCGUCGCCCGUCUUCUUCGACAGCGCAUCCAAGCUGGAUCUGGACUGGCCUGUAGGGGAUGCUGCGCGCGAGGCCUGGGCCGAUAUGGACGUGGACAUGGACUGGGCCUUCCAUGCGAUGGAAUCGGGCCCGGUCUAUGAUUGGGCGGCAGGCUUGAACUGCGCGAGUGGCGGGUGGACGCUCCUCCAGUAAGCGGAAGCUUUAUUCCCUCGCGACACGACAAAUGUGCACGGAUGUCAGCCACCUGCAAUGCCCUGGCGGCCUUAUCUCUCAGAUUAAGACUUCUCAUGGUGCCUGUAUUCUCAUUAUUUGAACGCGCCGGUCGCCCUUUGGUUGUAAUCUCUGGGUUGCUGUUCAGUGUCGAACCAUGGACAUGUAUAACAACAUACUGAUCACACAAAGCAAGGAUAUCGUAU